CAAAAAUGGUCCUUGUAAUUUUUCGGCUACUGCUAAAUAGUUUUGCGAAAUAUGCCCCCUGGGAUCAUGUCCCCAAAAGGCAUAAAACAUUCCAAUUGCAAGAGUUCAAAGUCCAAUGCUCUGUUUGUUCCUGUUGCUGCUUGCAGUGAGAGGAAGAGAAAUCACAUUUCCAAUUUUAAGCUGUUCGAUUGACUUGGAUUUAGAAAUACCGGGUAAAAUGGCAAACAAAUGCAAAAGUUUUAUGUUGAAACAACACUUUCAAGGAAAGCCUAAAGAGGAUGAUUUUAAGAUGCUAGAAGAACCAGUACCUACCAGUUUAGCUGAUGGGGAAUUCCUUGUUGAAAUGAUCUGUCUCAGUGUAGAUCCAUACAUGAGGCCAUACAGUAGGAGAAUGAAGGAAGGGGACCUUAUGAUUGGUACAGGUGUUGGCAAAGUCAUAAUGUCAAAGCACAACGACUUCAAAGAAGGUUCACUUGUUACUGGUCCAUUUGGAUGGCGAACUCAUGUUGUUAGUAAAGGCUCAGGUGUCUUGACCCUACCCGACUUUGGAGAUCUUCCAGCCUCUUAUGGUAUUGGGGCACUAGGAAUGCCAGGCAUGACGGCAUACUUUGGACUUCUUGAUAUUUGCGAGCCACGGCCUAAUGAAACUGUCGUGGUUAAUGCUGCUGCCGGCGCUGUUGGUUCGCUUGUUGGGCAAAUUGCAAAAAUCAAGGGCUGUCGCACCAUCGGAUUUGCCGGUACGGAUAAGAAAGUCGAAUACUUGAAAAGCAUUGGUUUUGACGAGGCUUAUAAUUACAAAACUUUGACUUCGUUAGAGGAAACUCUGAAGGCAGCAUGUCCUAAAGGAAUUGAUUGCUUCUUCGACAAUGUUGGUGGAACCUUCUUUGAUACUGUAGUUGGGUUGUUAAACCAUAGAGGCAGAGUUUCGUUGUGUGGUGCCAUUUCACUAUACAACAUAGAGGGUGCGCCACCAAAGGGCCCCUACGUUCAUAUGUCUGCCAUCACGAAAGAGUUGAAAAUUGAAGGUUUUAUUGUUACAAGAUUCACCACAAAAUAUCCCACAGCUUUCGCAGAUAUGAAACAAUGGAUUUCAGAGGGACAGAUAAAAGUGACUGAGCAUAUUGUUAAUGGAUUUGAGAACAUGCCAAAGGCUUUUAUAGGACUCUUUGACGGUGAGAAUAUUGGCAAGGCUGUUGUGAAUGUUUGAUUUCGCAAGGUAAUGAUUUAUGAUCGGUUUGUGGGGGAUAUAAAUGUAAGAAUGAAAUUAUGUAAGAAUAUGUAUUAUUUUGUACUGUAUUGAUGGUUGAAAGCAUUGUAUUAAAAAAAAUAUAAUUCUUUAGAUAUAUCAAGAUUCUAGAGACACAAUUUAUUCAUUAAA